GCCAUUUUUAAAUUCCUGGAAUGCCGAGUGUGCCUUGAAAAAUAGACGAAACGCAUGAAAGAUAAUUUGAUUAAGGUUGUAUUCACAGAUGGCAGCAGAAUGAUUAUAUUCUGAUAGAAGCAUCCGUUCGAUUGUAUCAUGGAGUCCGUGAAGAAUGUAAGUAGUGGAUAUAUUAUAUAUCCAAUAGCAGUUACUCGGUGCCUCAGUAUAGCUCAGUCGUGCUGGUAAACGUGACGAGGAAAGACGUGCGAAAACUGGUUAGGAUCGAGGUAGAACAUAAAAAGACGUGAUCGUUGUUAAACUUGUUUAGCAAAAAUGAAUAAUUGGAAUUGGAGUUACUUACGGCCGUUAUUUCAGUGGUGAAUGCUCGGAACUUGAAUGCUUUAGCCUGAAGGAAGAGACUAAGGGCUCGUGUUGAUCACGAGUGAAUUUAUAUAUAUUUAUACAUAUAUAUAUACAUACUCCUACGCGUAGACACGACCGACGUAAGUCGGAAAGAAAAAAAUUUACAAUGCGUCCAAGAGUUUCUGUGAAUUUCAGAAGGACACACGACCUUUCACGGAUUCUUAUGACGAUUUUGUAUUUAACUUUCAUUCUCCUUGUGACGGGGCAAAUUGUUAACGGACAUGAAAAAAAAAAAUUCAUUAUCUUGACAAUAUUAGUAAAAUAAAAGAUUUUGCUACAUCCGCCAAUUUCCCCGCAUCCGGCAUAAAUAAGUGUUCCUGUGGACUGCGUCACUCAAAAUCAAAUCUGAAAUUUACCAGGAAGUCUCCUUAGCGGAAAUUAUGCUAUCGUCGUCAAAAUUAGUAAGAAACGAAUACGUCGAGGGCAGCUGUACAACCCCCAAGUAUAAGCCCGGGACGUGCAUCAAUAUAAAAGAAUGCGAAGCGCUUAUAAAUAUCUUAAAACAAGCCAGACCUCUUCCUCAGGAUUCUCUGGACUUGCUUAGGAGGUCACAAUGCGGUUUUGAGGGAAAGGAUCCGAAGGUCUGCUGUGAAACGGAGAUUUCAACGCCGGUAACUACUGAACAAACAGUAGAAGAACGUCCAACAGUGAUACCAGAUCCACCAGAUGUGACUAAACACCCGAAUCUCCGUCUACUGAACAAUGACAUAUGUGGUCCAGUGACUCAGCAGAAGAUUUUUGGUGGUAACAAGACCGGUGUCUUUGAUUUCCCCUGGAUGGCACUGAUAGCUUACAACACCGGAGCGAAGAAUCCAGAAUUUCGAUGUGGAGGUUCAAUCAUCAACAAACGUUACGUCUUGACAGCUGCGCAUUGUGUGACCUUAUUACCAGCAGGUCUAACUCUUAUCGGAGUCCGUCUAGGUGAACACGAUCUUAGCACAGAACGUGACUGCGACAAGGAUGAAAAUGGCCUAGAAGUAGUUUGCGCUGAAAGAUACCAAGAUUUCCGUAUAGAGAGCGUGCAUCAUCAUCCUGAUUACUCCAGGACUAAAUUGCACAACGACAUAGCCCUUAUCAGGCUCAGUGGCGACGCUGACUUCCGCCCUGAAAGUGUCAGACCAAUUUGCCUGCCAAUAGGUACUGCUUCACGAAUAACUCAUAAGAAGGUAACUGUGACCGGAUGGGGCGCGACUGAGUAUGGCCCAAGAAGUCAGGAUCUUCUUAUGGUGCAAUUGGCUCUCGUUGACAACAACGAAUGCGCUGAGAUUUACAAAAAGAGUACUAAAAUCUGGUACAAGCAGAUGUGCGCCGGCGGAACUAAUCAGAUGGAUUCUUGUCACGGUGACAGUGGGGGACCACUUCAGUCCCCUGGCAUUUAUUAUGGUCAAAUUAGAAAUAUACAAUAUGGCGUAGUGAGCUUUGGACUGAGAAAUUGUGGCACUGGAGGUUUUCCUGGCGUUUAUACUACUAUUUCUUAUUACUUGGAUUGGAUAUUGGACAUCAUUAAGGAAUAACUAUUUAUACCUGUAAUGGCAAUUGCUGAGCAAGCUUGAUUAUACGUAAUACUACUUGGGGUACUGUUUAAUAUUUUAAAUAACGGCAUACUCUAAUAGUAUUACAUACUAAGCGAUAUAUCACUGAUAACCGCAAUUAGGUAAACAAGAUGGCAGCUUUAAAUCAAACUCUCAUUGACCUUAUCUUUAAUAUUUCCUGGAAGGGGUACUGUACUAUGGCCAUCUGGAUAUUCAAUAUUUAAAGGGGGCAGGGUUGCCUGUAUAAAGGAUCUGCGUAGACUUUGUGUUACUGACAAUUCAAAUAGUCUUUGAGCUUAUAAUUACAAAUAUAGAAUUACCAUACAUUCUCAUAUAUGUAUACCUAGUGAGAUCACUCACUCACAUUAUUUUUUAGUGAUAAAAUGUAAGUUUGCUAUCUACUGUCAUGGCCGACGAUGUUCUUUAUAAAGAUUUUAAAGCACUGACUUAUUCAGGUACCAGUGAUUCGCUUAAUAUUGAGUAUCAUAACUGUCAAUUUAUCAAUUUAUUCUUUUUCCAACUUUACUAAUAAGAAUGUUUUAUACGAAUUUGGAGACACUAUGUGAUACGAAUAAGGAUGGGAUAUUCUUUUAUAAAUUACUUUUUUUAAAGCUUUUUCUGACAAUACGCCAAUACGAUCAUUAUUAUACAAGACAAUUAUAUUUUGUAAUACCUUUUUUUUACAAUAAUAUCAAUAAAAAGCUGUUUUAUAAU